CUUUUUGAGGAUAACACCUACAAAAUCCAGCAAACUCAAAUCUAGGUUGGAUUUAACAGUAAGGUAAAUUUUAUUGUGUCAAAAAAGGAGAAAUUUAUCUUACUUCAGGAUAAAAUUGAGGUGAAGAAAGCUUCUUUUGGUGCCAGAUGAAAUGAAGCAUAUUGUGAAGAUUAUGGCUUUGCUGGUGGCUCUAUCGGCCAUCUGGAUUAGCCUAUUGCAGAUAUCAGUGAUCCCAGAUAGUUAUACUUGGUUGCUGCCUCUCUACUCUAUCAUAACGCUUGGUUGUUAUGGCCUAUUUAUGGUUGGAAUUGGUCUGAUGCAAUUUCCAACUUGCCCACAAGAGGCAAUCCUGUUGCAACAGGAUAUUAUUGAAGCCAAGGAUUUCCUGAAGACAAAAGGGGUAGAUGUUGGUUCAGAUUGAUUUGAUACAUUGAUCUCAUAUAAUGCAAGGGAAGAUUAGUGAUGGUGCUUAUUGGUGGUAUUCACAGCGAAAGAAUUUCCUCGAUUGAGCAUUUAACAAGGUGUCCUGACUCGAGAAAAUAAGUGUUUUGAGUUCACAAUCUUGAAUUCUGAGAUAUAUUGUUUCACUUUCUUGUAACGGAGAAGCAAAGUAGUAUUGACGCUUGUACAUCCUAUACAAAUUGAUUGCUUAACUGCAUUGGUUUUUACAUUUUAGAUAAGAUCCGGUACUUUAAUCAACUAAGUUUCUUCUAUGUCA